AUUUUUAUCUCGGGGGGCUGAGGCUCGUGGAUACCCGAGACGACCCCGCUGAGUCGUUAUAAGAGGCAGCUCUGUGCGGGGCAGCCCCAGCUCCAGCCUCAGCUUCAGCUCCAACCACAGCUUCUCACUCCACAAAGGAAGGACCCCUUCCAUCAGCAGCCAUGCCGUUCGGAAACACCCACAACAGCUUGAAGAUGAAGUUCUCGGUGGAGGAAGAAUACCCCGACCUGUCGGCCCACAACAACCACAUGGCCAAGAUUCUCACCAAGGAGAUCUACGGCAAGCUUCGCGAGAGGCAGACCCCCAGCGGGUUCACCCUGGAUGAUAUCAUCCAGACCGGGGUGGACAAUCCUGGCCACCCGUUCAUCAUGACCGUGGGCUGCGUGGCUGGAGACGAGGAGUCCUACGAGGUCUUCAAGGAGCUGCUGGACCCCGUGAUCAGCGACCGUCACUCGGGCUACAAGCCCACGGACAAGCACAAGACCGACCUGAACCCCGCCAACCUGAAGGGUGGUGAUGACCUGGAUCCCAACUACGUGCUCAGCUCCAGGGUGCGCACAGGACGCAGCAUCAAGGGCUACACGCUGCCCCCGCACUGCAGCCGCGGGGAGCGUCGCGCGGUGGAGAAGCUCGCCAUUGAGGCCCUGGGCAAGUUGGACGGAGACCUCAAGGGGAAGUACUACGACCUGAAGACCAUGUCGGAAAAGGACCAGCAGCAGCUCAUUGACGACCACUUCCUCUUCGACAAGCCCGUGUCCCCGCUCCUGCUGUGUGCCGGCAUGGGCCGCGACUGGCCGGACGCGCGAGGCAUCUGGCACAACAACAACAAGACCUUCCUGGUGUGGGUGAACGAGGAGGACCACUUGCGCGUCAUCUCCAUGCAGAAGGGCGGCAACAUGAAGGAGGUGUUCAACCGCUUCUGCACGGGCCUGCAGAAGAUCGAGGCGAUCUUCAAGGAGAAGGGCCACCCCUUCUCGUGGAACGAGCACCUGGGCUACAUCCUCACCUGCCCCUCCAACCUGGGCACAGGUCUGCGUGGCGGCGUCCACUGCAAGCUCCCGCACAUGGCCAAGCACCCCAAGUUCGAGGACAUCCUCCACCGCCUGCGUCUGCAGAAGCGCGGCACUGGCGGCGUGGACACGGCGGCCGUGGGCGGCGUGUACGACAUCUCCAACGCCGACCGCCUGGGAUCGUCCGAGGUGCAGCAGGUGCAGCUGGUGGUGGACGGCGUGAAGCUCCUCAUCGAGAUGGAGAAGAAGCUCGAGAAGGGGAAGACCAUCGAUGACCUCAUCCCCGCACAGAAGUAAACCCCCCAAGCGGGUCCCCCGCCACACCCCCCACCGCCCCCCAACUUGCCCACAGUCAACUUUUGUCAGUCGCAGGCGCAGGCUGGGUGCUCACGCAGCUUCAUCCGAGAUUCCAACAAAAUACGCAGCGGUCGUGAUUGAUACGGGGUGACCGAGGGAGGGAGUCGGUCGGGUCACGAGGAAUUUGGGAAAAGGUUGAAUACUUGGACCGGAUUCACCUGUAACACCACCACCCACCCCCGCCCCAACUACAUCUCGUCGAUUGAGCUGCAGCGCAGCAAACAACGCUGCACAUGUGCGCUAUGGGGGGGGGGGGGGGGGAGAAGACGGCCCUUCUCGUUGGGUUCACUGACGGGCCAGCGCCAGGGGGGCCUUGUCAUCGGUGCGCGCACGCUCCAUCGCUCGUGCCGGUGUGCUCUCCCGUCACGGCAUACACACACUGCAGCCGCGAGUGACACAUUACACACCGCGUCAACACGAACAACUGCCCCCCCUCGCUCUCUGCAAGAAGGAAAUAUUGGAUGGAAUAAAGCAUUAAGGCAGCAGUGGCCACUCC